CCAAACCGGCAGCAGGAAACACUGCCAACAACACCUGGAGAGGUGGGAAGCAUAUAACUUGAUGUCCCAAGACGACGACAAAGACCUGUCCUUCGCUGGCCGGAUAUCUUCCCUCACCGCCGCUUUUCUCGCCUCCCUCUCUCCCACCUCCAAGGACGAUGACGCCUACUGCAGGAAGCUACAAACCCUCUUGAAGGAACUACGCUCUCUCACCUCGUCACACCGCCCGGACCUGCCAAGCCUUCUUGCAUCACUAUCUCAGACGGAGCAGGUCCUAUGUCAAAUUAACGAAGUUAGCGCGAGGGUGAGGCGUCAAACUCCUCCAGCGAUAUGCGUCGUGGAACACGUAUCAGGCUUGGCGAAUUUGCCGUAUCUACGUCCAAGGGACGAGGAGGAAGCCAGGAACAUCUUGAGCGCCGUUGGGGACCUCAUCAGCAAAACCAACCAGGAGAACACAAAAGAACAAUGCAGCACGUGGGGUACGGGACUUUGUAUCAGUCUCGUCCCAGUAUGUCUGAAGCAAAUACGGACUUUCGAAAGCAGCGGGGAGGAAACGGUCGGACUAGGCUUCCGUUCCGAUCGUGCAGGGAAUCUUGCCGUCGACGCAGUCAAGAUGAUCGCGCGUGUGUUCGACGGCACGGCAAUGAAAGUGCAUGCUUCGGCCGUGGAAAGGGCGUCUGUCUGUGCAUGGGCAACCCAACUCCUCUGCGCGACAUCCCUCACCAACAUCACUCUCGACGUCUGCGCCCGCUGUUCAGCCCUCCCAACAUCCACAUCCCACACCGCAACCUCCAUCCUCACCACAACCCUCCGCACCCUCUCCAUCCUCCUAACGUCUUCCACCACCACCGCCCGCUACACCCACCUGCAAUCCCACCCCGCAACCCGUCUCACCCCGCUCCACAUAAACCCCGCACCUACAUUCGCAGCCCUCGCAUCCGCCCAGUUGCUGCAGAACUUGCUCAUAUCUUCACCACCGUUCGCACCCUCCGUAGCCCACCGGUCCGCAUCAUCACCACAUGAACAAACCAACCGCGGUGGCGCACAUAUCUGGACCCACCUAAACAUCCCCGCACGCACCCGCGUCGUCGCAAAGAUCGCCAGCGUUGUUCGUGCACAAUUGAUCGAAAUACGCAAGGAAACGCAUCCCCGUGAUUCCAACUUCCCACAAGCGACAUCAACAUCCCUCCCUCACCACAUCGCCACAAAACUCAUCCAAAUCACAUCCGCUUCACACGCGCUCGAGGCGUUGGUACUCGAUACGCAGAGCUGUAGGAAACUCUUCGAUGAAGUCGUUCACCACUGUGUUCCAUCAUCAUCGAGUGGAUGUAUCCGCAUAACAGGCCUCGACCUCCGCCUUGCGCUCAUGACCUUCAUCAGCCGCCUAACGACGCAUUUCGCGCUCACCACCGAUUUCUUGGUCGUGAAUCCGGCGUUGUCGUCACUGACCGAGCUGGUUGAGUCGCAUCUGCCAGGGCCGGGGAAGCCGUUGUGGGAGUCGACGAAGGUGUAUAGUGGGAUUAGUGUAGGGGGGAAGGAGGUGGAUGCGAAUACGGUGGAUGUGGCGGUGGCGUUUUCGAGGGUCUUUUUGGAAGGCGGUGUUAGGGGUGCGUGGUGGGGAGAGGGGAACGAGUGGUUGAGGACGGUUAGGGGGGUUGUAAGUGCGGCUGAGGUGGUUAUGGAUAGUUAGCUCGAAGGAGUGGGCUCCAGAGUACAGCCUCAGCUGUUGCAAAGAACAUCACUAGCGGGUCUAUGUGUGUUCCAUUUUCAAAGUGUAUCAACAUAAAAUGAUGCGAUAGUGCGCUCCUUAACGCCCGUACUCAAAAAUAUACACGCCGACUGUCAUUGCUUGAACCCGUGUCUAUUAACACCCCUGUGUCUCCUCCGCCUCAGAAUCCGAAUCCUGGAACACCCGUCUCCGCUUCACAGUGCCCUUCACAGCCCUUUCUUCCUCCGCAUCCCCCAAGUUCUCUACCCGGUCACCCUCAUCACUUCCCUUCCCCUCACUUCCAAUCCCCACAUCGUACCCAUUCUCCACCCCACCCUUCC